ACUCCAAAAAUCAAACGCAAGUCCCCUGAAUCUUACGCAACUUUGCGUUAGAUCGCAACUCUGUUGCAGAAAAGAGAUGCGUUUGAUUUCUAACGCAUCUAUCAAGCGCAACUCUCCUCGAUCAAACGCAACUUUGCGUUUGAUCAGUGAUCAUACGCAAGUUGCAGUAAAUCCAUAGCAACAACAUGGCAGCCAUACUAUUAGCAGAAGCUGAGGAAGUGCAGCCACGUCCUGGCCGAGUGAUAAGGGAUAGGGACCAGCCCCUCGACUCUCUUUCUGAGACGCAGUUAGUUAAGAGAUACCGGUUCGGUCGCGAGGCAAUUUUCUUUCUAAUUAAUCUACUCACCAAUCAAAUCGCACCAACAACGGAACGCAACAAGGCAAUCCACCCCACACUACAAGUUUUGAUAAGCCUGAAUUUCUUCGCAACCGGAUCGGUCUUGGAAAGUGAUGCAAAUAUCCAUGGCAUUCAUCGCAGCACCGUGUCUAGGAUAAUCCAUAGGGUCUCUGAAGCCUUGUGUGGUCACAAGAGCCAGUUUAUCAAGUUCCCGAGGACUGAUGCCGAAACAGCCGCCAAUAUUCAGGAUUUCUAUAGAAUCGCUGGAUUCCCGAGAGUGGUAGGGGCUGUUGAUGGCAUGCACGUUUGCCUACAUGGCUGCCCAUUAGGCCCCGACGAAUACGUUUACACCAACAGAAAGGGCAGGUCUUCCAUCAACGUCCAAUUGGCUUGCAACGCAAAAUUCCAGAUAAUAAAUGUCGUUGCGAGAUGGCCGGGGAGUACCCACGACUCCAGAAUUCUUCAGAAUAGCAGACUGUACCGCAAGUACAAUAAUGGAGAACUGAAAGGGAUCAUCCUCGGUGACUCUGGUUAUCCCUUGAUGACAUGGUUAAUGACCCCCAUCCUUAAUCCACAAACACCAGAGGAACAAGCCUACAACAAUGCACAGUGCAAGACGAGAUCAAUCAUCGAGCAAGUGAAUGGACAGCUAAAAAAUAAAUUUAGAUGUCUGCUCGGCCAUGGCUUACAAAUUCGACCAAAUAGGGCCUGCAACAUCAUUACUGCAUGCUGCAUAUUAUUCAACAUUAGUAAAAGAUUCAGACAGCCAGCAGCAGACGAUAAUGAAGAUGACCACAUGAUCGAUGACAACAUGGAAGGAGAAAUCAACAGGGAAAGGGGAGAUGCAGCGGCCAUCGCUGUCCGGGCCCAGAUCGUACAGUCUUUUGUUGUGUAGUAUAUCAUUUUUUCAAUGGCUUUAUCAUUAUAUCAAUGCUGGGAUUUAUGUAAUGCCGUAAGCACUAAUAAUUUCCACCCCCCCCCCCUUCAUAAGGAUAACAAGUUGAUUAAAAAGUAAUAUUUGGAACUGGCAAUUACGCAUAACCUUCUACACACUUGUUGGUCAAAUUUCUUUUGGUUGUAGUCCGUUUUAAAAAUACCUAACAACAUGGUCAUAAGUUUUCAAAUUAUAUACACUGAUGCUCUUCCAUUAUGAAUAAAUAUUUAUUGUCCACUAGAUGAAACUGUGAUUUGCUAUAACACAGUAAACACUUCAUUUUGUAAAAGCCAAGUAAAGAAUCCUUGUACUUUUGAAAUGCAUGUUUAAUAUGCAUCAAAAUGGCACACACUCUGUUUUUGUGGUGAAGAUUUUACGAACACAAUUUUAAAUAAUGUUCCAACUAUGGCAAGACAUUCAUAUACUACUGUAUAUAAAACAUACUGAGCAUUUUAAAAGGUUCGUAUUAUGGCAAGACAUUAACAUAAUAUGUAAAACAUACUGAGUUGUCAUGUUAUUAUUUUAAUAUACAACAAUGCAAGGGAAUCUACCAUUGUGUUUAAAAAUCAAGAGUCUCGAGAAAGGGAAUGAUUUGUUUUUUUAUUCUUUACACAAUCUAACACAUCUUUCAAAGUGAUUGUUUGAGUUAAAAUGCCCUUUCAUGUCAAAUCUCAACCUCAGCAAGUGUUGAUAAUUAGCAACAUUGAAAUGUUGGAACAGGGUGAGCAUCAAUAUACUAUUGAUGUGCUGGUAUUGCUGGAUUUUUAUACCAUUAAAAAAUACUACCUUGAAGGUUUUUAGACUUUUAAUCAACAUUGAAUUUACAUGUACAUCAAUGUAAUUAUAUAUUAGUUAUUCAAGUUGUCUUUUUUUCCAUGGCCAAAAUCUCUUGUUACUUUUUUUUAAAGGAAUGUAUGCUCUGUAGAAUAAGUAUCCUUUACAAUGGAACUCUUUCUUUGUUAAGUUUGAUUUUACUUUCAUGCAAACUUUUCUAGCAAAUGCGGCAAAAUUUCAAUUCUGUACCUGUACACAUUUUUGUUCAAAUACAAUACCAAGUUGAAAAGAAGUGUUGCUUGCAAUAAUUGUUAGGAAUGAAACACACCUUUGGUAAGGUUGAUUUUAUUGUCAGGAAUAAUUGUUUUAAAAAACAUUUUGAAAAGCAAAUUAUUAUAUGUUUAGUAAAGGCCAAGUCCACUCUGAAAAAGUUUACUAAAAAACAAAAAACAAAUCAAGCAUUUAUGAUACUGAACAUUCCAUCAAAAUCACAUUCAAACGGUUUAAGGUCAGCCUCUUCCUCAUAAUGUCCUCCUUCCUCUGAAACCUAUUUACCUUCAAAACAGUAGUUGCAUUCCUCCAGUACUACUUCUUUCAUUUUCCACCUGAACAUUAAAAUAAUAUACAUUUUUUUUUAUUCUGGAAGUUGCUGUUGAUGGUAGUAGCAGUGACUUUAUAUUUCUAUUCUGAAGACGAAUUGCAUAUUACUGCACUUUGAAAAUAUAAAUAAAUGUAGUAACUUUCCUAUGUUCCAUUUAAUUGUGAACAAACUUUCAGUAUCGUGCUUAACUUUACUUUUUGUUGUAAUGGACUUGGCCUUUCAAUUGACAUGGAUGUCAUUUACAUAUUGAAGGAGAAGAUUCGACGUGAAGAAAACCAUACUUGUACAUGAAUCGCAGAAGACAAUGUCUCCUUGUUACUACAUUCAGAGUGAAUGUAA